AUGAAAUACAAUAAUUUUAGCGAUAUGACAUAUAUUUAUGUUAAUUUUCUUCUAUCCUGUCGUGCUGUCAAAAUGGAGGCCAACGUGAUAAAAAUUUCUGCACUCUUUCUUCUUUAUGCAGGUUUCAUUGCUGUUACGCACGCAGCAGUUCCAGAUUUGGACGAAAGAUUUUUAGAAGUACACAAACAAGGGAAAUGGCUGAUUGAGUUUUAUGCCCCUUGGUGUGGUCACUGUAAGAAAUUGGAGCCUAUAUUUAACAAGGUUCACAACACCCUUAGAAAUUCUGAUGUCAGAGUGGCUAAAAUUGAUGCCACAAGAUAUUCGUCUGUCUCAUCCAAAUUUGAUGUAAGAGGGUUUCCAACAAUUAAAUUUUUUGAUGGAGACAAAGUUCAUAAUUUCCGUGGUGAGAGAACAGCUUCAGAUAUCCUAGAAUUUGUAAAUAAAGCUAAAGGACCAACUGUACGACGUAUAUCAAGUAUAGGAAAGUUUAAUGAGAUACGUAGUGAUCUUUCAGAUGGUGUGUUUUAUAUGUAUGUUGGUGAUGAUGACCCUUCAAAUGACCUUUUUAGCAAGUAUUCAAGUAUUGCAACAGAUCAAGUUUCAUUAGCAUAUUUCUAUACUGGACCAAAGAAAGCAUUGCCUGAAGACAUACAAAAAGAUCUAGCUGUGUUACCAACAAUUCUGGUAUUUAAAGAUAAAACAGUAUAUCAGUAUGAAGCACCGAAGAAUGUUGCUUCAAUGAGUUCAGUGAAAGGAUGGAUAAAUGGAGAACGUUACCCAGCAUUCCCUCUCAUCACAGGAAGUAAUAUAAAUGAGGUUGCAGAUACUGGAAAAUUUCUCAUGAUUUUUGUCAUAGACCCAAAAGACAAAGAGAAGAAAACCUUGAACCAAAGGUAA